GCUGAAUUAAUGUUCUAUCCCUUUUAAGGCACUUUAUCUUGUUGAUUCAAUCAUCUUUAGUGUCUAAAUGAACUUUUACUUGAUGAGGCCGGGGGCAGGCCAGCCCCCUCGGGAGUAUAUCUGCACUAAUUGGAUUAGAAAGGUAAUCCAGGAGGGGUCAGAAAUAGCCAUCUAAUUUGUGUUGCCCAACCCACAGGUAGUAAUGUGAAUGAGUAGGUGUGUUUUAAAUGCUGGCCAAACAUUUGACUGGAUCAUCUGAUAUUCUUUCCUCGCCUUGUAGAAGAUUCUCCACCUCCACCUCCACCCCAACAUUUGCCCACAACUCCGUGCUGGUCUCGAGAAGGCAGAAAGAGCAGGCUGUCAUGGACGGACGGUUUGUGCUUACUAAAGCUGAGGCGAGCGCAUUGGGUGUGAUGUCACUGAAUGAGAGCCUCUGAUCUCCGGGCCGGAUUAGGUCUAUUACGCGUCGCUUGAGUCCUGCCGUGGUUGGGGCGUAGAGUGCUGUGGGGGACAGGAUGAUCUCCCCCGUGAAACACUGACCACAAACGGACUAGACGUAGGACAGCGUUCAUCUGGGCUGGGCCGCUUUGAUGACUGGGGAAUCAGAUGGCUGGACUCGCCUUGAUGUCAAAGGUCUGGCAAUGGAGGUGGAUGUCAAUCUCCUAAAGUGUCGCUUGUGGACAAAGAAGUGUUCUUUCUCACAGACAUGGAGCCUGGCUUCUUUCAAGCGUGGAGACUUACUCCCACGGCCAAGUACACAGUGGUGGGGGAGACACUGAGGUAUGUCAUCCCCGGUCACAUGCAGUGCUCCAUGGGCUGCGGGGGCAAGGACUGCAAGUAUGAGGACCCCUCGCGCUGGACGGACGACCAGCAGGCCAUCAAAGGACUCUACUCAUCCUGGGUAACUGAUAAAUUGCUGGCUAUGGCACGGCCAUCAACCAAAGUAAUUGAGAAGUUCAAUAUCAUUGAGCAGUUUCGCAGGAGUGGCGUGAGGACGGUCAUAAACCUGCAGCAUCCAGGGGAGCACGCCAGCUGUGGAAACCCCUUAGAGCCAGACAGCGGGUUCACCUACCGCCCUGAGGCCUUCAUGGAGGCAGGCAUAUACUUUUACAACUACGGAUGGAAUGACUACGGUGUGGCCUCCCUGACUACAAUCCUGGACAUUGUGAAGGUGAUGUCUUUUGCUGUCCAGGAGGGCAAAGUGGCUGUCCACUGCCAUGCCGGGUUGGGAAGGACAGGGGUGCUGCUGGCCUGCUUCCUGGUGUUUUGCUCCAGGAUGACUGCUAAUCAGGCCAUCCUGUUUGUGCGCGACAAACGACCAAACUCCAUCCAGACCAGGGGGCAGUUACAGUGCGUGAGGCAGUUCGUUCAGUUCCUGGUACCGCUGAGGAGCGUAUUCUCCUGCGCGAAACCCUAUGUCCGACCGGUCACUCUGGACGAGUACCUGGUGCGUCAGAAGCACACGCUUCACGGUUACGAGGCGCGGCAGCUGCGGAAUGUGCCAAAACUCAUCCAGCUGGUGUGCAAGCUCCUCCCGGACAUCGCCGACAACCGGGAGAUCAUCACCGAGGAGAUCCUGGAUGUGCCGGAAAUGAGCGAGGAGAUGGAGGAGGAGGUGGAAAACGCCAUCCACAAGUAUCGCCAGCUCAGCAGGAGGUAUGACCAUUUGAAGGGUCUCGGGAAUAUGCCCCAAUGUCUGCCGAAGCUACCCUCGUUCUGUUCAGAUCAGUACGCCCAAAAGAGCCUUAGCUUCAGCGACACAGACAUCCAGAGGUUGGCCACCAAGUUGGAUAUGGUCGACAACCCUCUUGAGGUCCUCGCGAACAUGCACAGACAGUCUUCGUCUCAGAACACACUGUCUGACCUCCCCUUUGCCAUGCUCCCGGGAAAGAGGAGCCCAGUGCUUCAGAGCCCCACGGGAUCCGUGUGGGACAUCAAGUCGCAGAUGGACAAGCAGGGAUCGCCGCUUUUGAGCAAGCAGAACAGGUCGUCCAGCUUCAAAGAGAAGCUCCAGAAUGGGACGGGCCAGAGCGAGGUCAGCUCUGACUCGGAGUGGUCGGAGCGCUCCGAGGUGCCCAUCAUCACCGUCCAGACUGAACUGACUCUGGAGUCCCGCCACCUGCUGCUGGCACAGGCCCUGGCGCUGGACCUCGAGACGGACGGGCAAGAGGACCACAGGGACACACUGGCAGCUUGGCAGGAGGAGCUGAACUGUGGGGCUGGAGUGUGGGAGCACUUGUGUCUGGAGAAAGAUCCCUUCAUCCUGGCGGGGCUCAUGUGGUCCUGGCUGGAGCAGCUUAAGGAGCCCGUGCUCUCCGUUAAGGACGUCCAGAUAUUAGGAGAGGGCCGCUGUGAUCCCAAGACCGUCCUCAGCAGACUUGAGAAGGCCCCCAAGCAGACUCUCACGUGCAUCCUGGAGUGUUUCGCCCAUGUGGAGGAGGUCCCGGAGGAGGUGGAAACGGCCUUUUUGGAGCGCCUCACUAAGGCUUUCACAAAGAUCGAUAAGACCUCUGAAGAGGGAGUGAUUGCGUACCGGACAAUGGACUCCAUUUUGAAGCCCGUUCUGGAGGAGAUGAAAAGAUCCUUGAGGCUGCAGCUUGAACUGCAGUAAAGAAAACCCUGUCACCUGUCACCCCUGUCACCCGAUCACCUGUCACCCUGUCACCCGAUCACCUGUCACCCU